UAAUCUGGUACUGUCGUUAACCCAACCUCCCACCACUCUUUGUUCAAUACUUAAUACAUUUAUUACAUAAGGAUUAGCCUACUGGAAUUAAAAUCACUGUGAAAAACUUGAAACUCGGACUGUUAUAUAAGUAGAUCUUCAGGCUCUACAUAAUCUCUCGGUAAACUUUGCACAGAUUGCAUGCAUAGACAAGUUGAUACUGUUUGAAGCAAUAAAUGUCAUCGCCUUAGUUCAUUCGACCUCAGUAGACUCCUGUCCCUUGGGCUGAUUAAGUAGUUACGCUUCAAACUGUGUCGUUUGCUGGUGGAAAGCAAGUGGCGUUUGAUCGAGCAUCAGUGAAAGUGAAAUUGAAGUGACGGUGGGUCGAGAGGCAGGAAGAUGCAGGAGUUGAGAGGAUUUGUGGCAUGGAUUGUGGUGAUUUUCACCACUUUCACCGCAUUUACGACGCACGCUAGUCCCACCAGUCUCCAGUCCAGUAAUACGAAGUACAUGGUAUGCUACUACGGAAGCUGGGCAGUAUAUCGACCUGGUCGUGGAAAAUUUGACGUCGAGAAUAUUGACCCUCAAAUUUGCACCCAUUUGAUCUACGGAUUUGUUGGGUUGUCCCCCUCAAAUGAAAUCUUGGUCCUGGAUCCGUACAACGACGAGGAAGAGAAUUGGGGCAGAGGAGCAAUGAAACGGUUCGUGAACCUCAAGUCUCAAAACCCAGGCCUCAAAGCCCUUGUCGCGAUUGGAGGAUGGAACGAAGGAUCAGAAAAAUACUCCAAGAUGGCCAUGGACCCUGCAAAACGACGCACUUUCAUCAAUAGCGUAAUUCCCUUUUUGCAAAAGCAUGGUUUCGAUGGAUUGGACUUGGAUUGGGAAUAUCCAGCAAACAGAGAAGGCUCGCAUCCGGAUGAUAAGCAAAACUUUGUGCAUUUGGUGCGAGAAUUGCGACAGGAAUUUGACAAGUAUGGUUAUCUCUUAACUGCUGCUGUAUCGGCCGGAGAAUUUACAAUCCGCACAGCUUAUGACAUCCCAGCCUUGGCAAGGGAUUUCGAUUUCAUCAACAUCAUGGCCUACGAUAUGCACGGGGCCUGGGAAACAUUUACCGGUCACCACGCCCCUUUGAAAGCUAAUCCUAACAUUGAUUUCGAGGACAACCUUCUGCUUAACUUGAGGCAUGCAGUAAACUUUUGGAUGGAACAAGGAGCCCCAGCAAAUAAGCUGGUCCUUGGAAUGGGUACUUAUGGUCGUGGGUUCACAUUGGAUAAUUCAGCAGUAAAUGGACUCUACGCACCAGCCAGCAAUCCAAUCACAGCCGGACCCUACACGAGAGAAGCCGGGACCUGGGGCUUUAAUGAGAUUUGUGAGCGAUUCGUUGCGGAACCUGGUCAGUGGACGGUAGUUCAAGACCUCUACUACGAAGCACCAUACGCAUACAAGGACCGUAACUGGGUUGGAUAUGAUAAUGUAGACAGCAUGAAAAGAAAGGCGGAAUUUGCCUUAGAGCUGGGCUUGGCUGGAGGUAUGGUCUGGAGUUUGGAGACGGACGAUUUUACUGGACACUGUUAUGGCGAACCCUUCAUUCUUAUCAAGACCAUUGCCCGCACACUUAAUGGAGGAGUCAUCCCAACUCCACCACCACCCCCACCAACAACAACUACCACUCCUGAUCCAAAUGCAUCCACGACCACAACCACCACACCAGCCCCGCCCCCACCCGAUGGUGUUUGCAGGUUUGAAGGAUUCAACCGUGAUCCUGAAGCUGGACCUUGUGCCACUACGUUCUACUGGUGCUUAAGCAAUGGGAGUGGUGGAUGGACGAUUUAUCCAAGAACCUGCGCCCCAGGAACCGCCUUCCAUGAGGACAUCCAAGCUUGCACACAUCCAGAACUUGUUCCCGGAUGUUAGAAAGAAUAAUGUGAACGUUCAUUACUUAUCCAAAUGUAAAUUCUGCCUCUUAUCUAUCAUCUACUUCUUUUUGUUGCAAUUAUAUAAUGUAAUAAAUCUUGAUUAUAUAGCAUUCUAA